GAUUUCCCGUGGGCUGUUAUAUCUGUACGUGUUAGAUAUCGUCUCGUUACGGGAAAGAAAAGGAAUAUUAAUUCUGUUUAACUUCAGCGUAUUUUAAACCACGGCUAUUUGAACUGAUAUACUUCAACGCUUGUGUGGAACCAGCUAGUUUUCUCCAUUGGUCAUCGUCGUCAUGACGUCAGCAGCAAUGCUGCCUUCUGCUGUACCAUUCAGUCAGCACAAAGCACGAAUCGCGAACACUCGCUGCGGAAUGGGAUUCAGCUACGGAACCGCCGUGAAGAACACUGUGAGACACAUGGUUAGCAAUCUGGAAAAUGUGAUAACAAAUCUGCAGGGAAUUGUGGGAGAUCUUCACAUUCUCGUCAAACAGAUUGAUGUCGUCACGAACAAAAUGGACACUUAUAACGGCACUCAGUGGACAAGACCUUCCAGUACCAUACACAAAAAGAAAACAACCAAAAUCGCGAAAAAGAAUAACCCUGUUAAACAGGAAACCAAGAACGAAAACUCCGUUUUUAACUGGCAGGAGAUGGCGGAGACACGCGCAGAGCAAGGGCCUUCGCCGGACAUAGACUGGUCCUAUCUGUCGUUAACCAACAAUAACAGUGACGAUAUGAAAGUGAGACAGACGAGUUCUCCCAAAGUGACGUCACGUCCCCCCUGUAUGAUGAGGAGAAUACGAGAGCCCAAUCCGUAUUUAAGUUCCUGUGGCGCCAGUUCUGAAUGUGAUAACGAUACAGACGAGGGUCGGGUGACUAAAGAAUCGAAGGUGCGCGCGUGCUGUGAUUUCGUCCUCGGCUCGCUGGAGUAUGAGACCCACUCUGUCGAGACUAGCAACGAGGACCUGAACAAUCCGACCCCUGUUGUUCCUGUACACGUCUUCUGUGAGGAGGUUGUGGGGAGCAAUACGAAAGGUGCGUACUGCGGCAUGUACGAGUCGGCUAUGGAAUCCAAACUGGAAAUUCUUUCUGAGUGCGACGAAGAUGACGACGACGAUGAUGAUGAUGAUGACCUUAGCUUGAACAGACAAUCAGACAUCGAGGACGACCGGCCGUCGAUUAAGUCGUGUGACUUCAAGGCGGACUACAAUCGUUGUGUGAAUCCGUGGACAUCAUUUAACUUGGUGCACUUGGACUCGUCGACUCAUGAUUCUGACGACUUCGUGUCAGACUGCGCCUCAGACAUCCUCAACGAAAAUUACAUCGAUAGUUCGUCCGUAAAUUCUGGAUACGAAAAUAUUGUCCUAACUUUACCACAUCAUGUAUGCUUCUAGGAGUGGGCGAUAAAUAUGGUUACGAAAACAUUGUUCUCGCUCUACUACCAGAUACAAAAAUAUUUAUCACACCAUGUAGAUCAUCUUUGUUUAGAACAAGCUUGUCUGCAAAUUCUGGAUACAAAAAUACUGUCCUAACUUUACCACAUCAUGUAUGCUUUUGAGGAGUAGGCGAUAAAUAUGGAUACGAAACCAUUGUCCACACUCUACAAGAUACGAAAACACUGUCCAAGCUCUACCACAUCAUGAAGACACUCUACUUUUCUAGUUCGUCCGUGAAUUCUGGAUACAAAAAUACUGUCCUAACUUUACAUCAUGUAUGUUUCCAAGGAGUAGGCAAUAAAUAUGGAUACGAAACCAUUGUCCACACUCUACUACCAGAUACGAAAAUAUUGCUCUAAUUCUACCACAUCAUGUAGAUCCUCUAUGUUUCUAGUUCGUCCGUAAAUUCUGGAUAUGAAAAUAUUAUCCUAAUUUUAUCACAUCAUGUAUGAUUCUGAGUUGGCGAUAAAUAUGGAUAAGAAAACAUUGUCCAAAUCUACUACCGGAUAUGAAGACAUUGUCCUAACUCUACACAUCGUGUAGUACCCUUUCUAGUUCGUGUGUGAUCUGGAUACGAAAACAUUGUGCUAACUUUACCACAUGUAUGUUUCUAAAUCAUUUCUAACACAAAAACUACUGUCCUAAAUCUACCACACGAAAUGUUUCUAGAAGUGGGUGAAAACUGAAAACGAAAACCAUGUAUUGGGUUAAUUGUAACUCAGGAUAUGAAAGCCCUGUGCCAACUUCUUCAUAUCAUGUAUGUUUUGUUGGCGUGGAAAAAACAUAUUUUCAUACGAAAUUACUGUCCUAACACGAUCACAUCAUGUAUGUUUGUAGGAGUGAACAAUUCCGGAUACAAAAAAACAUUGUCCUAACUGUACUGCAAUAUAUAUACAACGAUAGAAGUAUUUGAGAUAAAAUUAACUUGUCAUCAUG